AUGGCUUCCAAGAAGCAGCCCAUCGUCAUCGGCCUCGAUUUUGGCACAACUCAUUCGGGUAUGGCCUGGGCUCCCGGUGGGAGCUACUCCACCCCAGUUUCUGGCUGGCCUGCGCGCCUCGGAGCAAACAGCGACAAGGAGAAGGCUCCGAGCGCCCUGGUAUAUCGGUCCAACUCGCGCCCGCCCUUUUGGGGAUAUUCCAUCCCCCCUGACGAGACUCCCAUCAAAUGGUUCAAGCUGCUGCUGCUUGACGAUGACGACCUGCCGCAGAACUUCCGACGCUCGGAGCAUCUGCGCAGGGCGAAAAUGCAAAUCCAGCAAAACAACCGUCACCCCGUGGAGGUCAUCGGGGACUAUCUACGCGAAAUGUGGAAGCAUGGCUUUCGGAACAUUGAAGAUUGCCUCGGCAAACGUCUUGUUUCUGCCUCGAGACUCGAGCUGGUCGUGACUCUACCCGCCAUCUGGCCCCUCUACGCGCGCCAGAGGAUGCGCGAGGCGGUGCAGCUGGCGGGGAUCCUAGAUGACCGAAAGGCCGGGGAAACAAUCCUGAGCUUCAUCUCGGAGCCCGAGGCUGCCGCCUUGGCCACCAUGGAGGACUUUUCCGACAUGGUCGAGUUCAAGAAAAAUGACCGCUUUGUCGUCUGCGAUGCCGGAGGAGGCACGGUGGACCUCAUCAGUUACAAAGUCAUUCGCGAGAACCCGCCUCAAGUGAGAGAGUGUGUCCAAGGUGACGGCAAACUUUGUGGUGCCGUGUGCCUCGACGAGCGCUUUUUCCAGCUUCUCAAGUCGAAGCUCCCGCGUAAUAUCUGGGACAGACUUGGCAAGCCAGGAAUUGACCACAUCAUGGACUUUCAUUGGGAAAAUGGCCUGAAGGUGCAGUUUCACCAAGACAGCACCGAUCUGCAGAUCCAAAUGCCCUACGGCGGGACUCUCGAGACUCGCUUUCAUCCUCCGAGAUUGGAUUUCAGCAGAAGGGAGCUGAUGGAUGUCUUCAAGCCCAUCGUUGCCGAAGUAGUCGAGCUUGUUUUCAAGCAGAUUCGCGAGGUCAUGAAGAUGGAGAAACGAGGCCCCAAGUAUGUUAUCCUGGCCGGCGGGUUUGGCAAGUCACGCGUGCUGCGCCAAAGUCUCCAAGACUCCCUCGACACCGAGGGUAUGAAUACCGAGAUAUUGCAGGCCCGUGGCGAUCGACCCUGGACUGCCGUCUGUCGCGGAGCCGUGCUCCGUGGCUUCAACAAAUGCAGCCCGAGUCUCUUCACCAUGGUGGACGGUCGCGUGGCCAGGGCCAGUUACGGGACGACUCUCAACAUUCUGCCCUGGGACGCAAGCGAACACGACUCGCGCGACAGGGUAUGGUGCAAUAUCCAGCGCGAGUUCCUGGCCGUUGACCAGACCCAAUGGUUUAUCCAGAUCGGGGAAACUCUGGCCACCGAGGAGCCUGUCACGCACAGCUUCUGGCAGGACUUUGACCAGCCCCAGGACUUCAUCGAGACGGAGAUCGUGUAUUGUACCGCCAAGGAUCCACCAUCAAGAUGCGACGACUCGGUCAAGCGGCUGUGCUUGAUCCGGUGGUCCAAGAUUCCAAGCUUCGACAAACUCCCCGUCUGGAUAAACCAGCAGGGUGGGCGUUUCCGCCAAGUCCACUACGAGCUCCGGAUGGUCCCGGACGGCGCCUCCCUCGACUUUGAGGUCUUCUAUGAUGGCACAAUGGUCGGCUCCAGGAAUGUCCAGGUUGACUGCACCGACAGCGGCGCCAAGGAGCAGCGACUGUAG